UCCCACUGACGUGGUCGACCACGAGAAGAAGUGUGUCCAGCGGUGGCGCAUGCGUAGUCAGGGGCUCGUAUCAAAUUGAUGCGGUUUGAAAUGUUUUGUGCUGUGACAUAAAAAACACAACACGAUAACAUUAACAUUAAUAUUUACCAGCUAGUUACGUUUGCAGAGAACGGUCAUCAUGGACUGUAGUGUUGAUGCUGCAGAGGAGGUGGAGAAAGAGACAUUGACAUCUCCAACUGGAUUACAGUCCCCUGUAAUGGACCGUAACCCAUCACCACCCCCAGAAACAGCUGAUGGAGAGGAAGACGAAGAUUGUGACGCCAUUGGAGACACCAUGUACAGCAAGCACUGGCUUUUCAGCACCCUGACUCGUCUCAUCCAUAUGGUUGCAGAGCAUUCACAGGAGAAAUCUGAAGGUCAAUUGCAGCUCCCUGAUGAUGAUGAGGAAGACCUAUGUAGGGUCUGGGAUAUGGCAAUGGAUAAGGACGUGGCUACUUUUCUGCAGGAAUUCAAAGCUACAGAUAUCCUUCUUGGGGUGGUAGCCAAAUCUCGUUGUCCACGUCUCACAGAAAUUUGUGUGGGAAUCCUUGGGAACAUCGCUUGUUUUCCUGACACUUGUCUGACUCUAAGCCAAAAUGAAGACUUAGGUGCUGUGCUGUUGCUUCUUUUUGGAGAUACAGAUCCUCCGACCCUUCUGGAAACAAGCAGAUUGCUGCUGACUUGUGUCUCUCAGAAACAUGUUUGUUCCCUUUGGCUUCAGCGAAUACGACAGCAGACGGCUGUGUGCUCCAACCUCUGUUUCAUCAUGUGCAGUUCUACCAAUACGGACCUGCUUGAGAAGGUUGGAGAGCUGGUUGACAAACUGUUUGACCUUGAUGAAGAGCUGAUGAAGAGUUGGAUCACAGCUCAGCCAAGUGAGGAGGAGGAGGACGGUGAAAGCCGUCUGGAUGUGGCCUCAUGCCUCCUUGAGGCAGCCAAGCAGCUUAGCCCAGAGAGUAAGAAUGGCUUAGAGGUUUACCUUCAUGCCCUCCAGCUCCUCACCACCAUAGAUGAAGGCAUUCAAGUUUUUGCUGCCCCCGAUGGACCUGGCAAAGUAGUAUGGGACUUUGUUUGCAAGUUGGUGUGUGAGGACCUUUGCCAACCAAAUGAUCUUCCAGUUGUCUUGCAAGAGCAGAAGGGCAUUUUGGUUCACGCAUUUUCUGUGCUUCAGGCUCUUUAUGGAUGCCAGGAUCAGUGGCCCGGCAAAAGUAACAUGAGUCUGCCCCUUAUUGCGACCAUUUUGCGGGUGCUCCAGUACCACAGCGAGUGCAAAGAUGAUGGUACCAGCAAAGAAGGCGCAAAAGAUAAACAGCUCCAGACUCUGGCAGAGAUCACAGCUGAGUUUCUGGCUGACAUCUGCAAUCAGAUUCCCAAGGACACCGUGGCAGAUUUGGUGAAAAAAGGUUUCCUGACAGAGAAGACUUGUCUCACAGCUGCAGGCAGUUUACUUCCCAGUUUUAAGACUUCAUUUCAGCACCUGCAGUUCAUGUUGUCAGAGACUGAUCCCCAGUUGGCAGACGUGGUGCGGAAACGGUUUCCUGACUGAGACACCCAGCAGAUCUGUGUUCAGCACUCAUCCAGAUUCUCACCACUGCUUUUUAUAGUAGACUCUCUUUCCUCUCCAAAGAUCUUACUUCAAGUCAGACUAUUUGCAUUUCCACUGGAGAGAGUCAGUUGUCACACCUCCACUAUUGUGAGUCACUCUUGACUGAAGUCUGUAAAAGUAAAGUUGAGCUUAUGUUUAAAGUUUUUAAUUGUUUUGAGGAUGCUAUUUUUGUAUUCAUUAAAUAUUGUCUUUUUAUUGAAAA